UUUCCGGUGGAGACAUAAGCAGCGGAUGCUAACAGACUGGUCGAUGUCAGGACCUAAACACUCGAGAGGGGAGUCUCGUCAGCAGAGUGAAAAAUAAGAAAAAGAUGCUGAGGAGGAAACCAACUCGUUUGGAGCUCAAGAUCGACGACACAGAAGAGUUUGAGAGCAUCAAGAAAGAACUUGAGGCCAGAAAGCGUCAGCGAGAUGAAGCAGAAUCAGGAGGUGGGGUGGGAGGAGCUUCUGUCAUUGGAGUUGAUCUAAUUGGGGGUGGAGCUUCUGCUGCAGCCUCAUCUUCAACUCCUGUGUCGAGGGCGGAGCUUAUCAAUGAGAGAAUCGGCUACAAGCCUCACCCCAAACCGGCCACGCUGCCAACCUUAUUUGGAAGUUUACAGUUUUAAUAAAGUUGGGACAGAAAAA